AAUUAUUAUAAUAAUUUUUUUUAAAUAAAAAAUGACAGAUAAUAAAGUUAAAGAACAAAAACCAAAGAAGGAUAACAAUGCUGGUAAAAAGGCUGAUGCCAAAUCCAAUCUUUUAGGUGCAGGUGUUAAAAAAGAAGACGAUUUUUCAGAAUGGUACACAAAUGUUAUCACUCGUUCAGAGAUGAUCGACUAUUAUGAUAUCUCUGGUUGUUAUAUUCUCAGACCAUGGGCUUAUUCAAUUUGGGAACAAAUUCAAGCAUUCUUUGAUUCAGAAAUCAAGAAAUUAGAUGUUCAAAAUGCAUAUUUCCCAUUAUUAGUCUCAGAAAAGGCUUUAACCACCGAAAAAGAUCACAUUGAAGGUUUUGCCCCAGAAGUUGCUUGGGUUACUAAAAGUGGUGGUUCAGAUUUAGCCGAUCCAGUCGCUAUUCGUCCAACUUCAGAAACCAUUAUGUAUCCAGCUUAUGCCAAUUGGAUUCGUUCACACAGAGAUCUUCCAUUAAAAUUAAAUCAAUGGGUUAACGUUGUCAGAUGGGAAUUCAAACGUCCAGUUCCAUUCCUCCGUAGUAGAGAAUUCUUAUGGCAAGAAGGUCACACUGCCUUUGCUAAUAAAGAAGAAGCCGAUCAAGAAGUUUACACUAUUCUCGAUUUAUAUAGACGUGUUUAUGAAGAAUUAUUAUGUGUACCAGUUGUUAAGGGUGUUAAAUCAGAAAAAGAAAAAUUCGCUGGUGGUCUUUACACUACUACUAUUGAAGGUUUCAUCCCAACCAAUGGUCGUGGUAUUCAAGCUGCUACCUCACAUUGUUUAGGUCAAAACUUUUCAAAAAUGUUCAACAUUGAAUUCGAAAAUGAUAAAGGUGGUAAAUCUUUAGCUUGGCAAAAUUCAUGGGGUCUCACCACUCGUACCAUUGGUGUUAUGAUCAUGCUCCAUGGUGAUGACAAAGGUCUUGUACUCCCACCACGUAUUGCUCCAAUUCAAGCUGUUGUUAUUCCACUUCACUUCAAAGAUGCCGAUACAACCGCUGUCGAUACUAAAGCCAAAGAAAUCGCUGAUUCACUCAAAGCUGCUGGUAUUCGUGUCAAUUUAGAUAAUCGUCCAAAUUAUAAUCCAGGUCACAAAUACAAUCAUUGGGAACUCAAAGGUGUUCCAAUUCGUAUUGAAAUUGGUCCAAAAGAUGUUGCUAGUGGUAGUGUUAUCUGUUGUCGUAGAGAUACUGCUGAAAAAUCAAAAGUUGAAAUUUCAAAUAUUGUCAAUGGUGUUAAAGAACUUUUAGAUACUGUUCAAUCAAAUCUUUUCAACAGAGCUGUCAAAGAAAGAAACGAACACAUUGUUAAUAUCACUCAAUGGAGUGAAUUCGUUCCAGCUCUUGAUAAGAAAAAUCUUGUUUUAGCUCCAUGGUGUGAAAAACCAUCUUGUGAAGACUCCAUCAAAAAGAAGAGCUCUGAAGAAUCUAAAAAUAAAGCCGAAGAAGAAAAAGGUUUCUGUCUCACCGGUGCUGCCAAAUCACUUUGUAUUCCAUUAGCCGACCAAGAACACGUUAAAAUUCCAGAAAUGAAAGAAGAUACCAAAUGUUUCUGUUGUGGUGAAAAAGCUACUAAAUAUACCUUAUUCGGUAGAUCAUAUUAAAUUCAACUACAUUAAAUUAUAUAAAAUAAAAUCAAAAAAAAUAUUAAAAAAAAAAAAAAAAAAAUUAUUUAAAAAAUUGCAUAGCUAUUUUAAAAAUAAAUUUUAUAAAUACAAUAUUUAUUAUUUUAUGGAAAGUAAAAAAUCAAAAAUAUAGUUUCAUAAAAAUAAAAAUUUAAAAAACAGUGUUUAAAACACAAUAAUAUUUUUUUUUUUUAAAAUUAAUUUUAUUUAAUUUGUUUAAUAAAAUCAUUAAAGAAAAAUAGAGAAAGAGUUUGGCACUUCAGGGGAGAUUCAAAGCUCAAAAAUUAAUAGAACC